AUGUCAGCUAAAAAGCAAAGCGCGAUCACUUCGUUCUUCACACGAACUCCUAAAGCUGAAAAUUUGGAGAAAAAUGAGAAUGAAAAUCCCAAGAAACCAGCAGAAAAUACGCCGCAGAAAAAACGAGUUGAAGAAAAUUUGAAGAAGAACAAUGGGGAGGAUUUGGUAGAAAUUAUAGAAAAAUUGCCGGAGAGAAAACGUCAAAUGGAAGUAAUCAAUGUGAGUAUUUGAAACUAUUUUUCGUUUUGCAUAUUGAACAAAUUUUUAAAACAAAUGUUUACAUUGUCAGUUGACUUCGCCGGAAAGAAAACGCCGCAAAGAAGAGACAGAGGUUAUUGUUGAGUCAUUUUCCGAUGUUUCUUUGACAACUGGUUGGUUUAAUGUUCCCGAAAAAUUUCGAAAAAUUAUCAUCGAUAUGAUGGAUUCAAAAACUCGUUGUCUUUUUGCGAUUUGCUCGAAGAAAUGUGAAGAAGAAGCGAAAGCAUCGAAAAACUAUUUAUUCAAAAUUCGCGCCGAUGGAGAAACAAUGGCUGAACGAAAAUUGCAUGUUGGACAUUCUGUUGUUAAUGGGUCUUCUGAUUUUGAUUAUACACUCGAGUUCCACUUAAUCAGAAAAGGAAAAACCAAGAAGAACCCGAAUCCAGCGCAUAGUACAAAAAUUGUCUAUAAAAAGUUAGUUUUUUUCAAAUUUAUUUGAUUAUCAAAUUAUGAGACGUUUCAGAGAGCGUAAUGGAAAAACUAUGUGGGAAAAAAUCGAGGAAGGCAUUCCAAGCGAUGUUAGAGUCAAAUAUCUGAAAAAACUUGUGGGAGGAGCUCGAAAAUCUCUCAAAGUCAUCGAAAUCGAAGAUAAAAUUGGUUCAUGCUAUUUGGCCGAUGUCAAAAAUUGCCCAAAUCUUGAAAAGGUUUUUGUGUCUAAUGGAGAUGUAAUACACGAGGAUUUCAUGACAAUCAAGCAGGUAAAUGACUAGAAAAAUCAAUCAUUUAUAAAAACUGUAAUAUUUUUAGAUCAAGUCAAUUAAGGAAGUUAAAAUUCGAGAAACACCUUUGAAUUUUCAAGACUUUCUUGAAUUCAAAGGAGAAAGAAUCUCAUUUCUCUCACCACGAUUCAACGAAAAGAGAUUGAAUGAUUAUUUAAAAAAGUUGAAAAAAGGAGAAGUUCAUCGAAAUGCGAACUAUAUUACAAUCAAUUUCAAGCUUCGCAGAACUGAAUUAUCACCAAAAGAUGUUAAAGAGGGAAUCAAAACUUAUGAUAGUCGACCAAAGCGUUAUGAAUACAAUUUUAAAAGCUAUUUGGAUUAUGAAAGAAAUGAUGAAAAACACUUUAUGGAAGUUUGCAUGAACCGAAGAAAUGUUUUCAUUUCGAUCUUUUCUGUUAAAGAACUUGAAUAA